AUGGCUACCGAAACCCCCUCCACCCAACCUCUUCUACGCAUCUCUUCCGACUCGGAAUCUUCUUUCGAUGCGAAAGCACCUCAUGUUUCCUUGCGCGAACUAGAAGAUGGCAACGGCUCCAUCUUUGCUUCGGACGAGGAGGAGAUAGUAUCGCGACCUGGGUUCUGGCGCCGGCUAAGAAUGAGCAUCCGAAGACGGAAUGCAAAGUUGCGGGUCGACGAGGAUUGUGGACGUGUGAGGCUACCGGAUGAGAAGACGCAGUCGAAGAAGUAUCGAGUGAAGAGGAAAUAUGCAGCUAGAGCCUUCUCGUCGUUCGACUCGAGUGUGUUAGACAAGGCGCAGCUAUUGGAUAUAACACGCGACGUAACUCCGGUCCCUUGCCACUCGCACAACGACUACUGGCGCCGAGUACCACUAUACGACGCCCUACGCUGGGGUUGCACAGGCGUCGAAGCAGAUGUUUGGCUCUUCGAUGAGGAGCUGUACGUUGGUCACAGCACCAACGCCCUGACGCAAGAUGGCACCUUUACGUCCAUGUACGUCGACCCAUUGGUCAAGAUGCUAGACCACAAGAACGAGCUCGGAGAGUUUGCGACAUCGUCCGAUGUCAAGAACGGCAUCUUCGACACCGAGCCUGCGCAGACUUUAGUUCUACUAGUCGACUUCAAGAACAACGGCCACGACAUCUUCCCUGUAGUAUCCCAACAACUUGACGCGCUCCGCCAAAAAGGAUACCUCACCUACUUCAAUGGCAACACCACCAUCGAAGGCGCCAUCACCGUCGUAGCAACCGGCAACGCCCCCUUCGACCUCAUCACCGCAAACUCAACCUACCGCGACAUCUUCUUCGAUGCUCCCUUGGACAAGCUCGAUGAAGGUUCGGUCACCACCCGCGGCGGUCAAGGCACAGUCGGCACAACACCCACCUCCCACUUCGACAGCACAAAUUCGUACUACGCAUCCGUCAACUUUGGCCACUCAAUUGGCACACUGUGGUUCGGUCGGAUCACCGAAGCCCAGCGCCUCAAGAUCCGCGCACAGAUCCAAAGCGCAAAGGAGAGAGGGUUGAAGUCACGAUAUUGGAGUGCGCCCAAGUUUCCUAUUGGAUUGAGGAAUAGGGUAUGGAAGAUGCUCGUUGAGGAAGGUGUGGGUUACUUGAACGGAGAUGAUCUGCAGGGUAUGACGAGAUUGGACUGGGGGGUCAAGAGACACUGGGGUUUGAUCGGUUGA